GCUGUCUUUCUUCCCUUUGAAUCCUCACUCGUUCACAUUGUAUUCAACGCUCUUUCCUCCGCUUGGACUCCCCCUGCUCUCCACCAUUAAAAUCCUCACCCUCGCAAUAAAUAUUGCAUCCAUUGCUCCGUUGCCUUUCUCUACUUCUUCCUCCUCCUCUUCUUCUUCCUCAGUUCAGUUACAAUGGAAGUCAGCUCCAGGAGGAGAGCAGAGCUCAGUAGGGAGAGGAGCACUAGCCCUGAGAGGACCAGGGUGUGGGCCGAGCCCAAACCGAGGCCCGUGGACCGAAAAGUUUCGGUUGUCUACUACCUUUCAAGAAAUGGGCAUCUUGAGCAUCCUCAUUUCAUGGAGGUCUCUGUUGGCUUAGGUGAAGGGCUCUAUCUUAGAGAUGUGAUCAAGCGUUUGAACUCUUUGAGAGGGAAGGGGAUGGCUAAUUUGUACUCUUGGUCUUCAAAGAGGAGCUAUAAGAAUGGAUUUGUGUGGCAUGAUCUCAUUGAAGACGAUUUCAUAUACCCAGCUCAUGGCAAUGAGUACAUCCUCAAAGGAUCAGAGCUUCUCAAGUUAGAUUCCUCUCAAGAUGACACCCAAGAAGUUCGUUCUUCUAAAUCCAUUCAAGAUGAUUCGAAUAUCCCAAUUCGAAGCAAAAACCGAACUCACUGGGGCUCAUUUGAUCUCUGUGAGUACAAGGUGAACAAGAACAAGAUUACACUAGAGACAUCAAUUAAAAAUACUGAUGCAUGGACACAAACAGAGGAUAAGGGAGUGAAAGCUCAAUCCAGUGUUAUAAAAGAAGAAGAAGUGGAGGAAGAAGAAGAGGAGGAGAAUGCGGUCACAGAGCUCAAUAGGAAUGAAAUCUCUCCACCGUCUUCGUCUUCAAGCUCAGAAACAUUGGAGGGAUUAAUCAAAGCCGAUGGUACGGUUGCUCCAAUUGGGGCGAAUGGGAAGGAUAAAGAUGUGGGUAAUUGUUCAAGGAGAAAGAUAAAGACUCCUAUGGCUUUGAUGCAACUUAUAUCAUGCGGUUCGAUUUCGGUUAAGGACAAAGGGUUCUCAUUGGUAUCGCAUUUUAAAGGAAGGAUGCCGAGAGUAAUGUCAGGUGAAGUGAAAGAGAGUGAGGGGUCAAAGAGGAGCAAUUCUUUUUCGCCGGAGCUGGAGGAAAAGGAAUAUUUCAGUGGGAGCUUGAUUGAGUUGAAGAAGAAGGCAAGCGGUGCUAAUGGAGAGUUUUCGAGCUUGAGAAGGUCUUCUUCAUGCAAUGCUGAGAGAGGCCUGAAAAUGGAACUGGCAGAAAAGGAGAUCGAUGGCGUUAGGGCCAGAUGCAUACCAAGAAGACCCAAGGCUACUGCAGGCAAGAGAGAAGCCGACGUCGCCAUAGGCAACAGCGUAAAUGAGAGCAAGAUCAUAGAUGAAUCUCCAGAGAACAACUAAGAUCUCCGCGAUCUCUUGAUAAACACGGCAAUUGACAUUGUGAAAUGAUAGUUAGAAAGAGUCUCUGAUGUUAACGUUAAACUGUGAAAGCUGUUUGCGGUGAGAAUUUGAGCAGCGAUGUUUUGUGCAGAGCAAGUAAUUCCUGUAUUGGAACUUGCUCAUGUCCCGUGUAUUUUGUUCAUGGCUGGUGUAGUUUGUUAACGUUUUACUCUUUUCAGAUAUUUUUCUUUUUCAAAUUAGAUGCUUAUUUGAAAU